UCUUACGAACCUAUUAUUCACAUUAAAAAGUCAUACAUAUAUAUUAAAGAACAAAUAGAUCUCAUAAAUAAAUAAAUCAUCCGAUUUGGUCACGAUCUCAUAUCAUCCACAGCCCGAAAUGCCGUAGAAUAAAAUGUCUCCAAUAGAAAAAAGCCACGUGGACAAAUAUGUUCAAAAUUAAAGUUGAUAGUAAAUUCCAUACAAAAAAAUAAUCCAGAGAAGCAAACAAAAAUUAAAAAAAAAAAAAAAAACUUGAAAAGUAAUUAGCCAUGGCGAAGUGUUUCAAUGCCGAAACCCAAAUCUACUCAUCGCAUAGACCUGCCGUUGACUUUCCCACUGAUCCCAACCUCUCGUUGACCUCCUUCCUCUUCCGAUCCACCGCCUCUUACCCAAACAGAACCGCUCUCAUCGACGCCGAUUCCGGCCAAACCCUAACCUUUCUCCAACUCAAGACCCUAGUCUCCAACCUCGCCCACUCCUUGAUCAAGCUCAACAUCAAGAAAAACGACGUCGUUCUAAUCUUCGCCCCCAAUUCAAUUCAUUUCCCGGUGUGUUUCUUCUCCGUCGCCUCUCUCGGCGCCAUAACCACCACCUGCAACCCUUCCUACACUUGGACAGAGCUCUCCAACCAAGCCAAGGACUGCAAUCCAACUCUCGUCAUAACCGUCCCGGAAUUAUGGGAAAAGGCGAGAAACCUCAAUCUGCCUGCGAUAAUUCUACCUUCUCAGUCGAAUUUGAACUUACAUUGCUUCAACGCCGAAAUCUGGUUCUACUCCGAUUUGAUCAGAAAAUCGAACCGAUUCUCAGAACUCCCGAUCAGUGACGUCAGACAAUCCGACGUGGCGGGGCUUCUUUACUCGUCGGGGACGACGGGGAAGAGCAAAGGGGUGGUUCUGAGCCAUAAGAACUUCAUAAGGACGUCGUUAAUGGUGACUUCAGAUCAGGAUCGGUACGGAGAGGGACAAAACAUGUGCUUGUGUUUCUUGCCGAUGUUUCAUAUAUUUGGGCUUUCGGUGAUCGUUUACGCACAGCUGAGACGAGGGAACGGAGUGGUUUCGAUGGGGAAGUUUGAGUUAGAGAGUUGUUUGAGGGGUGUGGAGAUGUACAGAGUGAGUCAUUUCUUUGUGGUUCCGCCAGUGAUGAUUGCUUUGGCCAAAGAGAGUGUUGUGGUUGGGAGAUACGACUUGUCGUCUGUGAAGGAAAUUCUCUGUGGGGCAGCUCCCUUGGGCAAAAAUGUCAUGGAACAGUGCGCUCGGAAUUUUCCUGCUGCUGCUGUUAUUCAGGGUUAUGGAAUGACAGAAACUUGUGGAAUCAUUUCCAUUGAGGACAGUAAGGAAGGGUGUCGAUUUUCUGGUUCAACUGGCAUGCUUGUACCUGGAAUUGAAUCCAAAAUUAUGAAUACUCAAACAUGGAAGCCCCUUCCCCCAAAUCAAGAGGGAGAGAUUUGGCUUCGAGGACCUAAUAUGAUGCAAGGCUACCUAAACAAUCUAGAGGCAACAAAAUCAACCAUAGAUGAACAAGGUUGGGUGAAAACGGGAGAUAUUGGAUACUUUGAUGAAGAAGGGCAACUAUUUGUUGUGGAUAGACUUAAAGAGCUCAUCAAAUGUUAUAGUUUCCAGGUGGCUCCGGCUGAGCUUGAAGCUUUGUUACUUUCUCACUCUGAAAUAUUAGAUGCUGUGGUGAUUCCAUUCCCUGAUGAGAAAGCUGGUGAGGUCCCAAUUGCAUAUGUUGUUCGCUCACCCAAUUCUUCUCUAUCGGAAGAAGAUGUUCAAAGAUUUAUUGAGAAACAGGUUGCACCAUACAAAAAAUUGAGGAGAGUAACAUUUGUAAGCAGUGUACCCAAGUCACCUGCAGGAAAGAUUUUGAGGAGAGAGCUCAUUCAGAAUGUCCGAUCCAAAUUAUGAAACUUGGGCCAUUUCAUUGGGCCUAUGAUUCCGUUGAAACAUGGGCCAUAAUCACCACCCUUUAAGAGCUCAUUACUUUACUCCAAAUGGAGCAUCUUUUGACAUUUAUCAAAACAAAAAUUAAGAAUUUUCAUUUUUAUUGUUUUUUUUCGCAGUUUACAAAAAUAUGGUUUAUUUUCCAAAAAAAAUUAUUUUGUGGGAAAACUAAAAAAAAAAGGGUUUAAAAUAACAGUUUAGGUAACGGGGUAAUCAUUUACCUUAUACUAUUUUUCUUCCCAAUAAAUAAUUUUUUUUGAGAAAAAAAGCCUUAUUUUUGUACACAUUGUAUAAAAACUCAUAAAAUGUGUAAUUUUCAUAAAAUUAAAUUAAUAAAAUAAAACCAAAUAAGAACUAUGAAGUACUA